CCACAGCAGCAAUGCCAAACCUUACUUCCCAUCACAUCCCAUCAGAGCAGAGCCCUGCUUUGUCCGGAGCCCGCUUUCGUUGGAGCCUGGGAAUGCUGACGAUGUGCCCCCGGCGCUACCCCCAAAGCAGGUGACAUACAAAUCUUCAGCUUCAUCUUACCAGAUCAAGGAGGCCCAUCUGAAGACGAUAGCCAAGGUUGAGUCCAGACUCCCCAAGGAGGAUGAGGAGGCAGGGCACCAGAUUCCUGACAAGGAACGGGAGAGGAAGGCCUCUGGGCCGGGGCAGUCCGUCUUCAACUUCCCCUCGCCAACGCACGGGGAGCAGCACAGAUACCCGUCUCCAAAGACGUCCCCAACGUCAGCAACCAAGGAGCCAUCGCCGUCAGCUCAAGUCACCUCAAGACCAAGAACAAGGACCUCCCCUCCCCUGCCUUCCAAUAAUAAGGACAUAUCGCCGACCCGUCCGGUUAGUGCCGGGUCGAGAACAAAGUCCACACCAGAUUUAGCUGAGACCACCGAGAGGUCACCGUCUCAUCCAGCCAGCACAAGACCAAGGACUAGAGCCUCUCCUCCCCUGACUUCCACCAAGGGAACAUCCCCUACUCACCAGGGGAGACCUAGGACCAGGACUUCCCCACUGCUCCCUACCGGCAACGAGGCAUCUCUAACUCAUCCAGGGGGUCCGAGGACUAGAAUCUCCCCACCCCCGGCCGCCAGCGAGAAGUCCCUGACACACCCAGCAGGUCUGGCAACCAGGACCUCCCCUUCCCUGACUACCAGCAAAGAGACGUCCCCGGCCUAUCAGGUCCCAGCCAGUCCACGGCCAAGGGCUGAGAGCUUCGACUUGCCCCCUCCUCCAACACCUCCCGCCGUGCCAGUCAUCGAGGACUUGGAGCAGAUUGGGGAACUUCCGCCACCCCCUCCAGAGGUACUUGGAGAAUACCCUAUCUGUCAGGAGGAGGACAAGCACGUGGUUGAAGAGCAAAUAACUAGGAGGAGAGCUGCCCAAAUCCAUGCCGCAGUGAGCCGCCCAGAGUCCCAAAUAGACCACGCCUCCUCCCCCUCUGCCUCAUCUCGCACGUCCAGCCCCAAUUCGGUAGACUCAACCGAGGAAAGGUCAGCAUUCACCAACCCUGACAUCGACCAAGAGGUCAGACCAAGAUCAGAGACACCCAAGAGGGAGGUGAGAGUGUCCCCCAGCCUCGACAACCGAGCAGAGGAAGCCGACAUCCUGACCAGGAGCAGCACACCGUCCUCGCUUUCGAGGAUCAGCCCUGUCGGCCGCGGGCGGCCCCCACUUGACUUGGGCCUGGAGGAUGAGGCCAAACCCAUUGAGGUCAUCGAGAUUGUCCACACCCCAACCCUCUCGCCAAAGCGGGGCGAGCGCGACCUGCCGGGGAGUGCCCGGGAGCACUCCCAGGAUCCCUUAGUGGACUGGGUCCUCCACUCACUCAAUCCCCAGGACGUUGCUCUCAGAGAGCUGUUCAAGUUUCCAGAAGAGCCCCAAAGGCCAGGGGCACUGACAGAGGAGCAGAUGCCGCACGAGAAGAAGGAAGAAGCCCAGACACCUAAGAGGUCUGAGUGUGACGUCAAGUCACUGACUCACGCCCUGUCCAGCUCCAUGUAUCUCCAGAUCUCGCCAGCCAAGGCCCUGCUGCUGACGAGGGCCAAGAGCAUGAGCGGCCCCAGCGAAGUGGUGCAGGGAGACAGCGAAGAGCUCAGGAAGACCAAGGAGGAGCUCAUCAGCAGAUUGGCCCGGAAGGUCUCGGACCUGAGAAAGGAGAAGGAAGAACUCCUGAAGGAGAUGAGCAACAUUGAGGACCUUGGCAGGCAAGUCACAGAAAAUGUGAGGAAGUCCUGCAAGACCAGCAACGUGGACAAGUACCUGAUGUAUGUGGGCGAUGCGGACAGAGUCACAAAGCUGCUCCUCUCGCUGUCGCGCCGUCUGGCCAAGGUGAACAGCGUGCUGGACAGGCUGGAAGGCAACGAUGAGGAAGAACAAAAGCCCGAUCUUCAGAAAAUGCAUGAGGAUUUGAUGGGCAAGUACGAGGACGCCAAGGGGCUGAAAAAGAGCAUCGAUGCCCGGCACGUCCAGAUCAGCAGCAUGCUGCAGGACCACCUGAGCCCUGAGGAGUACGAGGACUUCUGCCACUUUGUGCCCAUGCGGUCCCGGCAGCGCAUCACGGCCCAGGAGCUGGAUGACCGCAUUGCCCUGGGGGAGGAGCAGCUGCAGGCGCUGAGGGAGAGCCUGAAGGGGGAGGGCGGGCCAGAGGGCGAGGGGUCACAGAGUGGGGCCCAGGCCAGCUGAUGCGGCGGGCGAGACGUGCCCAUUUUGGUCAGAUGAAUGGAUCUGAGGACCCGGUCGUGUUGGCGGCUGCUACACAACUGAGACAAUUCUGCCAAUGCUUUCUUGUGAGAAAACGGUGCCAUGCUGACAGUCCUUCCCGCAACAUGUGACCUAUGUCAACGUCUGAGGCUAUUAAAGGAAUAAUUUGGCUGAGCCGCGUGAUUGGAAUGGAUGCAGGGACUCACAAAUGUCUCCCGGCCAAUCAGAGAUUAGCCUUUCUGAGCAUGAUUUUUCUUCCCCGAUGGAACUCCAGUGGGGUGGCAAAUGAGUUGACUUGGUGCUUUCUUUUUUUGGGGGGGGUUGUAGAUAUUCUAUUGUGGGCAUCAGGCAGACUCUGCUUUGAACAAAUCAUUCCAAGUGUGCUGUGCUUCCAAGGCAGCACUAAACAAAUGACUUGAAUUAAGUGUAGCGCCCUCUAGAGGGUUUUGACUGGCAGGCAGAUGGCCCAGCUUACCUUUCAUGUAGUAAGAGAGACAGCUGUAAAUUUUACAGUAAACAUUAACAAGUUUGUAACAAAACAAAAACAUUGUGCCUACAUGGUGCAACGGGAAAAAGUAUAGAGUUUCUUCAUUUAAUCUUCAAGGAGGUCUGCGUUUUCAUGUAUUUGUAAUGUAAGCUAUGUGUGCAAAGUGUGUCAAAGCCUUGCCGAUGUUCUUUUAAUACUGCAGAUUUUUGUCAUUGAGAUUUUUCUGUCAUCUGGUGCCUGAAGAUUCUCUUCUCUUAAUAGGCGUAACAUCCAAAGAAUUUUGUUGGUUCUCUUUUGGAAGCCACAGUAGACGUGCUUUAAUUUUCAUUUCUGGGGUUUUAGUGUUUCUUCAAUAAACUUCCUUCAAGUUGCAUCUCACCAAGAAGCGAUAUUGUACAGAUUCGUGUGUUGAGCUCAUGUGCCGAGCACAGCACGCCUGAUACAACAGCCGAAAAGUAAACCACAAAGGAUGGUUAGGUAAUUGGAGAAGAGUAAAGUGUUUUGUCACGUUUUGUUCUACUCUCUCAUUUCAAUCGUAACCACUGUAAACUUUGGUAUUCCACGUUUCAAGAAUUAUAUUCAUGCAGAGAGAACCAAGCAGAAGGCACUAAGCUUGUUUUUUUUUUUCUGUCCCAGAGUAAAGUAUGUACAUGUAUUGCCAAUCACGUUUUGGUGUAAAUAUAUAACUAUAUAUAUAUAUAUCAUCUUGUAUCUGUUUGACGUGUCAUAUGAGUUUGUCCACAAUAUUAUCCUAUGGGCUAAUUGUGAACAGGGUGUUUGCGUGUGUGUGCGUUUUGUACUUCAUUCCUUCACUGUGUUGGGCAUGCCUAAUCAUCUUCCAGCUGAGAGCCCGCUAAGCGUACUACUUUGCUGAUACCCAGAAACUAAAGGGUGAUAGCAUGCAAUUUGUGAAUGGUAUUCCCUGAUAUCUGCUUACAGUGUAAAUACGCUAAGCAGGGUUUUACGUGCUUAGCGUGAAAUGAGGUCAGCAGCAUUCUGAUGUGUGUGAGAGCUGCCUGGCAUUAGAAUGUCACUCGGUGAAAUUGCUUUGUACAUAUCCAAUGGAACCUUUGGCUGUAAUUGGUUUAUUGUGGUAGAAAAUAUUUACAUGUUUUGGGGGUAAUUUUGUUAUGCAGCUUUUCAAAAAUGAACCUUCCACUGCCCCUCUGUUUUUUCCUCCCAACAUUGUAACAAAUAUUGCCAUUUUGUACUCCCUGAAUCAAACAGGGACAGCCCGAGUACUGUCCUUAGUUGAGUCUGUACGUGUUUCGAUUCACGUGCGAGUACGUUUUCCAACCGCAUGGACCACACUGAUGUAAUUUUGCGUUCUUUGAAGAGAAUCCUGAGCACGAGGUCGUUUUCCGAAAAGUAUCACAAAAUGAUGGCAUUCCCCACAACAAGAAUGAUUUGAACAAAAGUUUGAAUAGCAUACAUGUCUGUGAUUUUCAGUGCAGUGACUUGAAAGGAUUUUUUUUUUUUCAUUUAUUUCUAGGAAAGGCUAUGCACCAAAUUUACUCGGUGUUUCAAGAGGCUGACCCCAAAACGUUUGCUUGCUUGCUUGAAAACUCAAAUUCAGGCAAGAUUAUAUUAAAUUAUGCAUACUAGAUCCUUUUUUAUACUAGAUGUUUGCGAAAAGUUUCAUGUAUUUAAAUGAGUAAUUUAUUCUCAGUGUUUAUAGAAAUCACAACCAAAGAUUAGUUAUCCAGUGAUAUCCAGUAAUUAAUACCAAAUUUUUUUUUUCCUUUUUCAUUGAUGUAUGACUGAUAAUGCAAAUUUGGAUGGAAAAAAGUAAAACAUAUUGGUGUGAAUAUUCCGUGUUUAUAUCUAAGCAUAAGGGGAUUUCUCUUUCACUAGAGAGUCGCAUAAUUCAGAGUUGUUCAGUGGAAAAGCUUUAUUUCUGUGCUUAUCAGGAAGAAAAACAGACCAAAUAUGGGUGUCUUGCCACAUCAAGCAGCCGUAGAGUAAACUAAAUGUGCUGCCUCUGUGAAUGAAGUGUUUUCAACAAUACAACGCGGUUGAAAGUUUUUGUGUUGCUUUUGAUUUUUUUUCUCCAAGCAGUACUGUUUGUUUCCAAAUUGAAACAACACCUAAUCUGUAAUAAUAUUGAUAAGUUGGAAACCUGGUUUGAAGUACUUCAGGAAAGUGUAGCACAGAAGACCAUUUGAAAGCUUUUAACGGUUUCCAUUUCAUGACUUUGUACAUUAACUUGUGUUGGUAACUUUUUUAGCUGGUACAUGUAUUUGGAAAGACAUUUUUAGUGCCAAAAGAACAUUCAGUUUCUGAGUUUUCUGAGUUGUUGUGAAACUGUGGUUUUUCUGCCGUCGUUAUCUGAGAGUGUUAGGUCGAGAUUUUGGAGGACUUCAUCUAGAGGCCCAUUUUCACGGAGCACACGUUCCUGAAUUCAGAGUGAUUUGUUUCAAAGGCAAGGGCUGUGAAAUGCUUCUGGAUGCAGAAAUCAAACUGAAUUGUGAGACUGAACCCAUGUUUGGUAAUUCCUUUGUAGCAUAAUUUGUAACGUCUCGUUAACAUUGACAAAAAAAAAAUGGCUUCAAGUACUUUUGUUUCCGUUAUUAGCAAUUGUCCAAACUUAUUUUCCCUUCCUGUUUUUAAGUUAUUUGGUUGAGAAGUUAAAAUGCCACCAUGAACACUGUAACUUUCUUUAAAUGGUGCAAUAGACAAAAAAUUGGGGGUUUUUUUUAGGAAUUGAUGGAAACUACUUUUGAGUCUUGUGUAGUUUAACUUCAUUGACAAGUAGUUGGCUUUGGCUACUACAAAAUAAUGAUCAGUGUAUCACUGUUCAUGACAUUCAAGCCAAGUGCCAUCACUGCUGUGUGUGGGCAACCAUAUUAUAGUCAGAUACCUUUUCUCUGAAACAAAGUAAUGAAUUAUUUUCUGAGGGACGUGGAUUUUGUUAACCCAAAAAUUCUCAACAAUGUAAACAUGCUAAAACAGAACUUGCUUUGUAAAAUCAAAGCUUGUUGAUAUGCUGACAUAACUGGGUUUUGUAUUUACCAGAUUCCUCAAACGCAAAAGCUAUCAGAAAUUGUAGAGGACGUUUUUAAUUGAGAAAACUGGAGUAAUAGUUUUAGUAAAACUUGGGAAACGACUUCGAAAUAAUGUCACUGUACAAGACAUCUGGUACAAGUAUUGUACAUAUUUUUUCCCAUAAAAAUGUAUAUUUUUGUGAAUAGGAAACAAACACUUAUGAAGUGUCAUAAUUAACGUUUUCUUUAAUUUUUACAUCGGAAUUUAAAAAGAUAUAAAUCACACAAUGGUACAAUGAUAGGUUACGGCAUUUUAAGGGGAAAUUUUGCUGUCACACACAUAGCAUGUAGUGUACUGUGUAUGACGCCUUUUUAACGUUAUGCUUUAAUAAUGGGAUAGAUUGUAUUGUGGGCUGAGCCGGGUUCCGUUCACGGAACAUUGGUUCCAGACACAGUGCUUAUAAAUUCCGUGCAGUUUUAUGCCUAGUAACUUUUUGUUGGAAUUUACGAAUAAAGAACUGAAGAGCUAGGUUGACGAA